AUGGAUCCGAAUGAUGAAACAUUUUCUGCACCCGAUUGUGCCUGGCUAUCGGAACAAUUUUUUGUUAAUCAAUUCAGACUAUUCAAUCCGGAAUACAAUGAAAGAUCAUCAAAUGACAUAUUUUCAAGCUACGAGACGAAUACAUUUUUAAAUCCUGAACUUGGAUAUUCUGGACUUGAUGUUCAGAAUUGUGAUUUAACGACGACAAGCCAACUUACCACAUGCGAUUUUCUAUCCCUUGCAAAUGCCACAAAUGCUGGACAAUCUUUUGAAGUAAAGUCGGAAAUAUUGGAUUUAAGUUCUCAAACUACAAAUGGGGAUAUUAUUUUACCCUUAAGCGACGCAAAUGACGAAGUUGUAGAUGAAACACAACAGGUUUUGGAUUGUUCUCAACAAGCUUUGGAUUUAUCUGUGGCAUCACAAGGCCAAUCAGUAUAUUUAUAUCAGUCGAUUCCCCACACAUCGAGUGUUGGACAUAUCAAGUGUACAAAUUGCAAUGGCUUAUUUGAUGUAGUGGCAUUUCAAACCCAUAUCUGUGCUAACUACAUAAACAAAAAUCCAAUUCAAACUUCGCUCGUACCUCAAUCAUAUCCCAUGGUGGUACCUACCACUUCCUCACCUAUAAUAUCUACCACUUCGCAAGCAGAACAUAAUACUACUGAAAUUUAUAUACCAAAAGAAAAUCCUACUACGUCUUCUGCGGAUGAUCCUUCAGACAUUGUUAAAUUCGUUAUUAGAAAAAAGCCAAUGCUGCCAACUGAUCCUGCUUGUAUACGAUUAUUAAAUGAAAAUCAAAUUCGUCUGAGACGAUUUCUAAAAUAUGAACUAAAAUACGAUGUUACCACAAAUGCAGCAUUUAAAAUGACUAGCACUAAAUCUUAUGGCAAUGAUACUAGCAGCGAUACAAUUUAUACAUCCACAUCAUCGGCUUUAUCUUCAACAACUGAUGCAAAGAAAUCAGAUGGACCACAUGAUUGUACCCUAUGCGAAAGAUCAUUUGUACAUUCAUCGGGUCUACUGCGUCAUAUGGAAAAACAUGCAAUGGAUUUGAUACCAUCGAGUUCGGGCAAAGGUGGUGUAUCACAAACAAUCACCUCGUUGCCUAAUAACAGUGGUCUUAGAUUGGUAAUUAAAUGUACCCUUUGCGGUAGAAUACUUUUUGAACCGCGUAGUGCUUUGGAACAUUUAUAUGGCCACUUUCCCAGCACUUGGAUGGAAGAAAAAGAAUUGGAUAUUUGUUCAGAUGUGCCAUAUGAAAUGUAUAUUGAUGAUGCUUUGCAGUUUUUAAAGAAUGAGGUAUGUGCUAACCCAGAGCAAGAUAUUACGGCAAGUGAUAAAACUUCAAAGUUGCUGAAAAUGGUUAUCUUAACAUGUAUCCUACAAUGUGAAUUCUGUGACUUUGUCUUUUCCGAUGUCUCAUAUUUAUUCGUGCACACAGUUUGCCAUUCACCCGAAAGAAAAUUCGAAUGCUUCUCGUGUGAUAUUUGUGUGAGAACAACGAAAGAAAUUACAAAUCAUUGGCAAACGGAAUGUGUUUUUAUGCGGGAAAAUACAAAAUUACAUGAAAUCGCUGUUCAGCGUUAUUUUGUUUGUAACGUGUGUGAGAAUAAGUUCCCGACACUGGACCAGCUGCAUGAACAUCGUUACACUUUAUACCAUUUCUUUCCCCGUCUGAACCAUCGAUUGGGUAUUUUGCAAAUACCUUGUGAAUAUUGCGAUCAUGUUUCGGAAAAUGUUCAAGAUUGUUUGGCGCACUAUGAAGAUAAUCACUAUAAGAAACAUAGGAAGGAAAAGGAGGGUUCUGUAAAUCCGAAUAGAAAUCGUUUAUAUUUAUGUGAUAUUUGUGGUAAAUCCUAUACACAGUCUAGUCAUUUGGGACAGCAUUUAAGAUUUCAUCAAGGUGUAAAACCCUUUGCCUGCAAAGAACCCGGCUGUAGCCGCAAAUUUACCAUCCGUCCCGAUUUAAAUGAUCACAUACGCAAGUGUCAUACGGGAGAACGACCAUAUCAUUGUCUGGUUUGUGAUAAACGUUUUUUGACGGGUUCGGUUUUCUAUCAACAUCGUUUGAUACAUCGUGGUGAACGUCGUUAUGAAUGUGAAGAUUGUGGCAAACGUUUCUAUCGUGCUGAUGCUCUGAAAAAUCAUCAACGUAUUCACACUGGGGAGAAACCAUUCGGUUGUUUAUUUUGUACGAAAAAUUUCCGACAACGUGGUGAUCGUGAUAAACACAUGAGAGCCAGACAUUCACAUUUGGAUGCCAAUGCUAGGCUAAUGAUGCAAAUGCAAAAAUUGCAAUUGGAGGCAGCGGCGGCCAAAGCAAGUAAUGCCACCACUCAACAGCAGUCUGGUGGUAAUCCUUCCUCUAUUGAAAGAAAAAUUUCAGCAGUUUGUGGAAAUCAUUCUGUUGGGGAAAAUACAGCAACGCGUUUGCCUCUAUCUGAAGUUGAAUAUCCAUCAACCAGUAACAAUGUUCGCAAUCAAGAUAUUGAUGAUAUUGUAAUGAUUGGUAAUGUCCCCUUUCCUAAAUCUAUGAUUGAAUCAUUAAUGUUUGAUCUCGAUGAGAAUGAUAUUUUAAAAUCUGUCACUAAAUAA